AUUGAAAAACAAUGUCUGUGGUCAUUUACACAAACUGCAGGCACGUGAGGGUUGGGUGUACCUGUGACGUCACUGCCUCAGUCCCUGUACCCCGGGUCCGCUCAUGGCUCAUCCCAGUGCCGCGCGCCUCUCCGCUCACACCGCACCAUCGAACCGGAGUGACUCCCGGAGUCAAACACACGGUGAAACCGGGAAACAUUACUUUUUUUUAUUUUUUUUUUCCAUUUUGGUCCCGUGCGACUCAAGCCUUGACCGCGAAGCCGAAACAAGGCGUCUGCACCCCGGGAGCAGGUUGAACAAUAGGACGGCUGCAGACAACUACCUGAAGACACAUUUGUGACACUUUUUUUGGAUCAGAGACAUAUUUCCUGAAUAAGUUCCGUCAGUCUUCAGCCAUGACGAAUAAAUCUGAUCCAUGCCACAGCUAUCAGUACAUCAACUCCACCGUAAGCCCGCUGAUCAGUGCCAUCAUGUUCGGCGCGGGCAUCUUUGGUAAUGUAGCUGCACUGGUGAUCCUAGAGAUUCGGCGGCGCAGAGAAACAAGGAACGCCGGCACAUCGCGGCGUUCACUGUUUCACAUUCUCAUCACGGUGCUGGUUCUCACGGACUUGGCUGGGACCUGCCUGGUCAGCCCACUGGUGCAGCUGGCGUAUUCAACCAACACGACCAUGGUGGGGAUGUCGCCUGAAACUGAAAGUGUGUGCUCAUAUUUUGGUGUCAGCAUGACCUUCUUCAGUCUGGCUACCUUGUCGCUCCUCUUCAUGAUGGCAUUAGAGCGAUGCUUUGCCAUUGGAUACCCCUACCUGUACACCCGGCAUGUCACCAAGAAAUGUGCCUAUAUCACAAUCCCAUCGGUGUUUAUGUUAUGUAUAAUAUUCUGUCUCGGGCCUUUUGCCGGGUUUGGUAAAUAUGUACAAUACUGCCCUGGCACGUGGUGCUUCAUUGAUAUGAACCCAAGGGCAGUAAAGGACGGCGCGUACGCCAUCCUGUAUGCCACUAUCAUGCUCCUGCUGGUGUUGGUCACUGUGGUGUGCAACGGUUUCGUGGUGUUCCAGCUUUUCAGGAUGUACCAACGCCGCAAGAGGAAUUGCGGCUCUAUGAUGGGAUCCAUAAGAUCCAACAAUGACCGCAGAGUGAUGUCCAUGGCCGAGGAGGUGGAGCAUCUCAUCCUGCUGGUGUUUAUGACCAUCAUCUUCAUCAUAUGCACACUGCCACUAGUGAUCCGGGUGUACAUCAACUCAAGAUUUCAAUCAGAUAUUCACUCACUGGACCUGAUUGCCCUGCGCUUCAUCUCCAUCAACUCCAUCAUUGACCCCUGGGUCUUCAUCCUCCUCUCCCCCAGCGUGCUGCACUUUUUCUGGGCAUCAGUGUGCCGGGCACCCAUGGGAACUUCCGGGAGCUCCAUGUUUAAAUCAACAUUCAGUCAAACGAAAACCACGAACAUCGAACUGUCUCGCAUGGCGUUGGACUACACCGACCAUUUUCAAUCCGUGGAAAAUCUAUGACCAUAGCAGCACGUUAUAUUUUGAUAUUUAUAUUUAUUGGACGGUGUGAUUUCUGCUUCCAUGCGCCACCACAUCCUCAUAGUAGGUGUUUUAUUUAUUUUUUUGGUGUUUUCAUGUGAUAAUGGCUCUUACUGUCUCACAGAUAAGCACUUAUCAGGUUCUGUCAGCUGGAGGGCAACUGCUUCUGGCAUCUCAGUAAAUCGUACACAUGUGGACUUCUCUAGAGCUUUAGGGCUACAUCCAUACUUCUGUUUUAAUCUGAAAACACAUCAACUCUGCUACACGUAGGCCUGGUUCCACACUAUUCUGGAGGUUUAGAGCCACCAAAACACAAAAGUUUGGAAACGGUCUUGGCUCCAUUUUAGUUUGAAAACUCUCUCUCUCACUCGCUGAUCUGCGACAAUUCCAGUAUCCAGCGAGAACUGAGUGUUGCAUGCAUGCCUUCCUGUUUACGCCGGCACACGCAUGCCUAUAUGAUAUGGAGCCAAAACGCUCAUGUGGACAGAGAUAGUUUUAGUUUGAAAACAGCCUUUACAAACCAAAGUGUACUAGUGUGGGUGUAGCUUAAGUGUUAAUUAUAAAAGCUCAACAUUGUGUCUCCUUUGCUGCUUGUAUGAUAUAUCAGUGAAUCGAGUUAAAUGGAAAAGGCUGCAAAGGGAGAGAUGACCAACGGCGCUGCUUGGACACGUCUUCUCUGAUUCAAAUGCUGCUUUUGCAAACCGUAGUAGUAGUAAAAGUAUCCAGUUGUGGUGAACCAUUCUCACUUGCCAUUAAUAUGUAACUGUAUAGAGAUGCAUAUAAAAUCAAGUAAAUAGAGACAGAGCUCAAUGUGGCACAUUCAGUUAGGAUCACAUGAUAGGAGAUGGACUGGUCAGGUCUGAAAUGACCAUUUAUUGUGAAAGUAAGAAUAGAUAUAUUUCAAAGCCAGAUUGAGAUGUACAUUUAAAUUGUCAGAAGCAGAUAAAACCGAGAAGUGACACAGGUGUAGAGAUAUUUGAGGCACGUCUUUCUCUCCUGAACACUUCACUGAUCAUCAACUUGAGAACAUUAUCUUUCCUCUUCACCUUUGACCGUAACCUCUGCUCUGCUUUGGAAACCCUAACCCUUCGCAUUCCUGCCAGAUCCCCGCGGGAUGAAAGUGAAGGAACCACUUCUGGCACAAUAUGGUCACGACUUCCAUCCGAGCGUCAAAGGUUAUUUGUCAUUUCGUUCAUCAGUACAUCCACAGUAUGUAGCAUUUGAUAUGAGAUAUCAUAAAACGUUCUUCACAUGAGACUGCAAUUCCCUUUGGACUUGAAAUCGUGUUGUAUUGUUAAAUGACAGCAGAUAAACGUUACAUGACGUUACACCCCGUCUUUAAUGCAUCAAAUUACUAACUUGAAAACGAACACAAUAGCUAAAAUGUUCAAAUGUUUUAUUUAUUCAAGUAUUAAGCCUGGAAGUGUUGAACAUACACUCAGUUGGCAGUUUAUUAGGUACAACCAGCUAAAACUAACACAGUCUAAUACACAAUACUGCAAAAAUGUUUCCUUUCACUGGGUCUGAAACAGGGUGGAUGAAAUAAUAGUAGCAUGUGACACAGGACUUUUAUCUUUAUAUUGCACAUUAAUAGAAAAGCCUAAAGAUUUAUAUGGUCUUUCUAUUCGUUUUAUCUUAUUCAUUCUAGAUUAUGUUUCUAUUCUUGUUUUUAUUUUCUAUGACACUUUCCCCUUACGCUGCUACUCUUUAAUCUCAUCUUAUCUUAACCGACAGCAGCCUCAAAAAAGUACCUUUAAUUUCAAUCUAACAGUUUGAUCACAGUAAACUUUAUCAGCCUCAUGAAGGAGGAUUUAUUGCAGGACUGCAUUAUUAUCACCUAAUGAACUCCCAGAUGAGUGUAUAUCAUCUGUUCCUCUGUGAAAAGAGGCCAUUGUUUACUUUCAAAUUGUGCCAAAGAUCAGUUUUCAGUUAGUCGACGCUGGAAAAAACCCUGAGUGACUUAAAAAUAUAAAAUCUUUUCACUCAACGUGCGUCUUUCCAGAGGAACGGUUCAUCUGGAACCAAUGAUUUCCCCUUUCACAGCUCACGUAAAAAAAAAAAA